AUGUCGCCACGGCCUGUUGUGGGGGCGUGGAUGGGUGUGGUAGCCGCGGAACCACGGUCGCCACGCCCUGGGCCUUUUGCUGAUGUAGUUCUCGCGGAUAGGGACGUCAAAGACGUUGCAGAACGACUACUCUACCACUCAAUCUCAAUCAGCGACCGCCAGGAUCUUCAAGCUACGCCAAUUGAAACACUUGCGACGAACUACCAAAAGGCGGCAAUGGUGAAGAAACUUCGAGUCGUCGUCGCUGGGUCUGAGGACGGCGUCAUCAUCUCCAGACUGUUGGAAGUGAUGCCUCUGUUUGGAGCGCUCGUCGAGCUCGACCUCGAGCUGCUCUCUCCUCCUGAAGACCGAGAAUCGAUGGUAUAUUCAAACUAUUGCAAAAGCGAUGAAAUCGUAAAGGCCCUAGUGACGGCGCCUUUUCGCUUAGGGGCACUCAAGAUGAGCGACUGCCUACUAUUGGAGAACCUCUCAGAUAUUCAGAGCUUAAGGGACGUCGAAAUCGUCGUAAUAUAUAGUACUGGAGAAGAACCCCCCACAGACCUCCAGCACGAGAUUGUGUGUAAAUGGGUCAAUCCGGGAAUCCUGGGGUGCGUACUCUGGGGUACGAGCUUCGGCACCUAUGAUCUAUCAAGGACAAGAACGCAACUCCCAGCUAUUUACCUCGCUCGAGAUUUGGAUUCCCUAUGUGGGACGGUCUCGAGCGAUUCAGAUGGUCCAGUUCUCCUUCCCUGUAUUUAUCCAACUCAGCAAGAGAGGCUCUCGCUCUUGCGCAGUGUUGCUAGGGAUUUGGAGGGAAUUGGAUACGACUAUAGCCUCACAGGGAAGGUUUCAAUUCGGGAUAUGACACUGUGGUGGGAUGAUAUGCCGCCCAUCCAGGAGAUGCAAGAACUCUUUGAGGUUCUAAUGGAAUGCUUCCCUGAUUUAGUCAGACUUUGUAUCGCCAUUGAUUCGUACAAGCCAAUGAUUUUAGAAGAACCAGUCACUGAACAGCUUAGAGAAGCCUCGUGUGUUCUAGCGGCGUCGAACAUUACGAAGAUCUCGUUGAUCGUUAUUCAUGGAGUCCUUGCGCCUAUCCCACUCCCAUGGGAGGAGUAUGUCCGGAACGCGGACCGUUGGAAGUCUGUUCUUCCGAAAUUGACGGCGGUGCACGUGCAUGGAGGGCAUAAUUUGGAUUUGGAUGAACAGGGACAAUGGUUUGAGAACGAUGUAAUGGGUGAGGAGUAG